UGAGCUGUCAUUAGGGUUUUCAUCCCAAGUUCAGGUCGCCUUGUUUAUCGCAGGUGCGAAACAAAUGGUUUAAUUUAGCAAUCUGUUCAUUUUUGAUAAGAGCCAUGAUGGAGGAUGAAACCAGAUCCAUCCAUGAGCAAAGGUUUGACGCUGCGGUCAAAGUGAUCCAGAAUUUACCUGCAAAUGGUUCCUUUCAGCCGUCUAACGAAAUGAUGCUGAAAUUCUACAGCUACUACAAGCAGGCGACUCAGGGCCCGUGCAACAUUCCCCGCCCGGGCUUCUGGGAUCCUGUCGGGAAAGUCAAAUGGGAUGCCUGGCACGCACUUGCAGAUAUGCCAAAGGAAGAAGCCAUGAUGGCGUACGUGGAUGACCUCAAACUGAUUCUUGAAAGCAUGCCCAUGACGGAGCAGGUGGAACAGCUGCUGCAGGUUCUCGGGCCGUUCUACGAGCUCGUCGAUGAGAAGAAGAAGAUCAGCCAAGUUUCAGACCUGACUGCAGGCAUCGGCAACAUGAUGUCGGCGCCUUCGAAGAGCGUCACAAAAAGCAUCAUCAGAACCAUGGAAAUGAACGGCACCUUGGACGGCCAUGGUCCGAACAAAGCAGACGCUCCGGAGAUUAACGCAAACGAGGUUAAGGAGCAGGAGGAUGAGGAGGAGGAUGAAGACGAUGACAGUGGAGAUGAUGAGAACGAAGAGGAAGGAGAGAGUGAGCAGCUAAAAAAGGCAUCGGCCCUGAAGAAAAAGACCUCGGAAGGAAAAGGACUUGCGAAUGGUGGUAUCGGGCAUAACGUGUCCCCUCUAACGAACGGGACACACUGCUCCAAAUCCGCUCUGAAUGGAAAUGACACGGAGGAGAACGACGGAGAGAUCCAACACGUUAACGGCCACGCUACAGAUGAUAAUGAAGACGUGCGCAGCGCUCAUCACGUGGCCUCAGACUCCGACAGCGAGGUUUACUGCGACUCUGUGGACCAGUUCGGUGCAGAGGAGAGCGGUGAUUCUCACGUGACCCGCUGUCUGGAGGAACGCCGCAGCACUCGGUGCUCUCAGGAGGGCCUGCAAUCGGCAGACAGAGACUGCGAGAUCCUGCUGAGAGGACAAGACGGCGUUCAGCACGGAGGAGAAGAUGGGAAGACGAGUGGAGGAGGAAGUGGUUCGAGAAGCAGCCUGAGCAUGGGCAGACCCGUCAGCGCUCUGAUCAGGAAAGGACGAGGGUCAAGGUCUUCAGGCACGGGGUCAGGGGUCACAGGGUCGUUACAGGGUGCAGGAGGUGACGGAGAGCGCUGGGGGUCUGACGCAGCCGGAGGCGGCGAUCUGAACGAGCAGAUCGUCACGGCUUUAACACGGCUACAGGAGGACAUGCAGAGCGUCCUCGAGAGACUGCACACACUCGAGGCUCUUACAGCCUCACAGGCGAGAUCAGCGGCCUUACCCUCAGAAUAUCUGAUACCCCCAGCCAGCAGGACUCACAGGAAGCCGUCCUGGUGGCCGUUUGACAUUUCCCCGGGCACCGUGGCCUUGGCUCUCGUCUGGCCCUUCAUCGCACAGUGGAUUAUUCGUCUGUAUUUUCAGAGGCGGAGAAGAAAACUCCACUGAGACGCCGGUCGACGCCGGGUGCGUGUGGUAUCGAGACCAGCGUCCUCCGUUCCAUCUCAUCUUUCUAACUCCGGCUUUUGCACUAUGAUGAAGACGCUGAGAUUAGUGAGCAUCGAAACAAACUCGUAGAUGAAUGUGUGCAGCUUUGAAAGGCUUUUUGUACCUUUUUUUUUGGUCUGAUAUUAAGUGCUAAUAUUUACAUAAACUGCUUGUUUUGAGAAAUGAGGAGUGUGAUGAUGUAGUAAAGAGAAAUUCUACAUUGUAAUAAUUUUUUUUUUCAUAUUGAAAUUAACGGGGCAUUAUGAUAACACGUUAAUAUGGCGCCCGACGUUGUAGAAAUAGACGUGUCGCUCAUUCUGCUUCACCAUAAAGCUGCUAACAAGCCUCGGCUCUGUAGGUGCAUGUAUUGUAUUUUGUUUUGGCUUUGAUCAUCCCUAUCUGUAAAUCAGGACAGAUUCAUAUUAAUUGAUGGAUGACGAGUCUUCAGGUUUGAACAUGUAAGUUGGAAUUGGUAAUCAAAGCCAUAAUUGUGUCUAAAUGGUGCAUAUCGAUACUGAUGUAGAGUAGGACCAUGUGCCGUAAAGUUUCUUGUCGCUGGGGUGCUGAUAUCCAGGGUUCGUCAAAGCGAAGUAUUUCCCCGGAACGAGCCUUUGUCAGCUUGUAGAGCAGGUCGUCUGGUGUGGUUUAUCCAGUCAGCUACAUGUAUGUUAAGUAUUUAGCUGAAGGCAGCUCGUCAGGCGAAAGGGAGGGGAUUUUUUUAAACCCCUCCCCCACUCGGUUUGGUCACCUGCCAGUUCCUACCCCCCCAGACAGAUCUCCAUCAGCUCAUACGCUUCCUCCGAGACGCGUUAAACCAGCAAACUGCUGGGAUAAGAUGCCAAGAGGAAUGUGCUGUCCGCCGUCUUCCGCAUACAUGCCCAUGAUUGGCUACAGUCACUAUGACUGACCGAGAGAGAGAAUAUGCCCCUCCCACCCAGAGACCACAGCAAAUUUUACUCCUGGCCACAAAAUGCCUCUGGCAUCAUAAGUUUAUCAGGAGCCAGAAGGGAAGUUUUGGCUUGCGGAAAAAACGUUUAGAGAUGUACGCAUGCAUGCAGUCUCAGAGUCCAGGCCGUUAUUUCUUUAAUACAGGCAGACAGGACAAAGAAAGACCGCGUUCAUUAACACGAACACGCCACCAUUCAGUCACGUUAGUGGACGUGACCUUCAUAAGCAAGGGAAGGUUACGUAACUGAACUUUUACACUACGUUCAGACUGCAACCUGAAACGACCCAUAUCCGAUUUGUUGCGAAAUCCGAUUUUUUUGUUAGGCCGUUCACAUUACCAAUUAUAUGAGACUUGUAUGCGAUCUCCAAUAUGAACGGAAAACGACCCAAAAGUGUCCCGCAUGCGCAAAUCGACACGUAAUAAGCACAUCUACGUAAUACGUAAACAAAAAAAAAGCGCACUCUUCAAGUUUAAUGAUUUUUUUUUUGUUUGUUUGUUUGUUUAAUUAUCUGGUUAGUGUUAAAGUGUGAGGUCUCGUGUGUGUUUUUGUUUCUGAACUGAAAUGAAAACGUGUAGCCUGGUAACGAGGGUUGACUCCUAAAUGUCUCUCUAAUUUCUAUAUAAGUGCACUACAUGUUACUAGGAAGUAAUGGAUUUUUAAACUCUAUAUAGUGCACUCGAGCUUCAGUAGGCAGUCAUUUGGGAUACGGCCGCUGUAUUACCAAACUCUUAAUUCAGGCUUAAUAAUUUGCAUGUAUUAAUAAACUUUUUCUACAUUUUUAUAAAUAUUUAUUUAGAUUGUUUAUAGCCAGCUGAAUUCUGCAGCUUCUCUCAGCGCUGGCUCAAGGUGCAGAAACACCAGUGCAGUUUGCGAUGGAGAUGAGGCGAGACCUGGCGAUGUGGUUUUUGUGGCGGCGGCAGAACUCGCACAAUAAUCUGAUUAAUGUGGGCAGCAGACUAAUGAGACCGAAGGUGUCAAAUUACUGGAAAUUUCCAGAACAAUCUUAUAAUCUUGUAAUACAGGACGGUUUAACAUCCAGGUCCCUACCAAAUCCACCAUUAGCUUCAGUGCUUAAUUUGUAAAGUGGGAGGUCCCGGAGCGCAGAGGAUGAGUGGCUCCGGUGCGAAAAAAAAAAGGGGGGGGGGCGCUUCUGGGCAUGUAUUGUAAUAACACUGCAAAUUAAGUUCAUCUGUGAAAAACCCCGCUCACACUCUGCACUUGAGAUAGGGACAGUGUUGAUCGCGGCCAAGAGGCCCUUCAGUUCAUCUGGGAUGAAUUCUCCAUUACUUUCCCUGAAUGCCCUGAUGACAUCGUGGGUCAUUGAUGCAAAACUGCUGGCAGAGCGCUUCCACUUCUUUUUCCCCGAACAGCGCGUUUUCCUCCCGCGGCCACGGAAGUGUGCACCCUCCUUUUCCGUAAUAUACAAACAGAUAUUUUGUGGAUGUCGUUUCAUGAGAGAAAUCACCAAGACAGAUAUCAAAAUCAGACAUUAACACUAAAUAAACUUGCAUUUAUUUAUUUGGUUUUUUUUUAAAUUUUGUUACAUAAGCAAGAGAGGUGUCAGAUCACCGGAUCCAGUGUAAAUAGCUGCCGGAACCAACGUCCGAGGUUCCGGAGCACGCUCCGGCUUGCUCCCCCUCAAAUUAAGCCCUGAUUAGCUUGAUCAAUUCUAUAAAAGUCUAUUUAAAUUCUGAAAACUGUACAAAUGUUGUUGUUUUCCACCAAAGAGGCGGGAUUAGCCAACACAGAAUAGUGACGUUUGUCUCUUGUUGAUGACGUGUAGGUCGCAUGAAUGCGACCUGUCCGGUCAGACUGCAGUCGCAUGUGAAAAUAACGGAUAUGCAUCGGAAUUAGGACCACAUAUCCAAGCGGCCUGGGUCGCAUGUGAAAAAAUCGGAUGUGUGUUGUUCAGAUUGUCAAUAACAAAUCGGAUACAGGUCGCAUAUGGGCAAAAAAAUCAGAUAUGGGUCAUUUCAGGGUGCAGUCUGAACGUAGUCUUAGUUGAAAAUCACAUCCAUCUGGAACCCUGAAUGGCACCACCCCAGCUACAAGGUACAGGACGUUUAUUGGUACCUUUAAUUUCUGAGAGUGUAGAAAGCAAACGGGAUAAAAUGUGACAGUUUUCAGACUUGGAAGUGUGUACUGCUUACAAUCGUAUUACGCAAUUCUGUAAAAAAAAAAAAAAAAAAAUCGAACGUUAAAAUCAGAAUCAUGCUGUGGUGAUUUCAUACUUGGCUUUUUUUUUUUUUUAACCCCCUUUCUUUCCGUUGGCCAGUAUUGCACACUUUACCAUGUACUGGGAAGCAGGAGGACGAUAGCUGCUUUUAAAAGAUGAUGCCACUGCCGCCAUGUCAUUUUUUUUUUUUAGUCACCUUAAAGUUUUUAGAAAAGCACAGUGACGACGAGCAUUUUUUUUUUUUUUUAAACCUGUCAACCAAUCAGGGUGCAAGAAAAGCAAAGACGGAGGAGCAAAGUCCUGGUGAAAAAGGAGUCGUGCUAGUGAGCACGACGUUUUCUCGAAAACGUUCAAUGGUUCAAGAUGACUCAAAUGUCUGUUUUUUUUUUUUUUGGAAGUUCACGAAUACACGUCAUGAAGUCCGACUCGCAAAUCACUGACGUUUCAUGAUUUUACGCCGCCAAAGCUACAACUUUCCUCAUGACCGGUUAUUUUAUUUCAACUCGGCUAGCGGAUCAGUUAGCUAAUACUAGAACGUAGUUAAGGUUACAUGUCGUACGAGUCCCUUUUUAGCUCAUCCAGCCGCAGGCCAGGCCGGAUGAGCUGAUGCGAUCACGCGUCGUCCGUCCACAAUUUACAAAAACCGCUACUCCUCCUACAGGAUCGAUCGGAUUUUGAUCAAACUCGCGUACAAGGUUCCUCAGGUAGGUGUGGAGAAAAGUUGUCAAGAUGGUGGCGCCACCGGUCAUAUUAAUGACUUUAUGGGCGUCUUGGCCGGUAUGAGCUACAGCUUUGUUGGAGGUGGUUAUGUUUUCGUCUCGGUUUGUUUCCAACGCAAGUCAAAAAGUAGUGAACGGAUUUGGGUGAAAUUUGUUGGACAGCUUUCGUAUUAUCCUAGGUUCAAGUGACUUAAUUUUGACGUUGAGGAUACGUGGCUCGGUGGAGGUAUGGACCCUGCCGAGUGUCCUCGUCGUUUCCGUCUUUUUGUUCAUCCUGCUAAUUCCCACACAUCAAACUAGCUACAUUUUUCGACUUAUGAACGUCCAAGUCGAACACAUUCGGAGGAAAGCGCCAUCUGCCCUCUUCCACAUACAGUGGGGCAAAAAAGUAUUUAGUCAGUCACCAAUUGUGCAAGUUCUCCCACUUAAAAAGAUGAGAGGCCUGUAAUUUUCAUCAUAGGUACACUUCAACUAUGAGAGACAGAAUGAGAAAAAAAAUCCAGAAAAUCACAUUGUCUGAUUUUUAAAUAAUUUAUUUGCAAAUUAUGGUGGAAAAUAAGUAUUUGGUCAAUAACAAAAGUUCAUCUCAAUACUUUGUUAUAUACCCUUCGUUGGCAAUGACAGAGGUCAAAUGUUUUCUGUCAGUCUUCACAAGGUUUUCACACACUGUUGCUGGUAUUUUGGCCCAUUCCUCCAUGCAGAUCUCCUCUAGAGCAGUGAUGUUUUGGGGCUGUCGCUGGGCAACACGGACUUUCAACUCCCUCCAAAGAUUUUCUAUGGGGUUGAGAUCUGGAGACUGGCUAGGCCACUCCAGGACCUUGAAAUGCUUCUUACGAAGCCACUCCUUCGUUGCCCGGGCGGUGUGUUUGGGAUCAUUGUCAUGCUG